AAAAUAAUGUAUUUUGUAAAAAGUGACGCAAUAACAUUUGGAAAGAAACUUGACUUUUUUUCAACAGCUUGUUCUCAUCUAGUAAAUUAUUAUCUGAAGUUGCUUCCUUUCAAGAUGAAUCAAAACAAUUUAUACCAAGUUUUGAAAAAUCUACUUUCAAGAUUAGGCAAUACAUGUAGUUAAUACGAUAUAUAAUGAAUUACAAGACAAUUCAGCAAGUCUAUCUGUAAAAUUGUCAAUUUGAAGAAAUCAAAUGCUGAACUUAAAGUACAAAUCUUGAAUAUCAUCCAACUUCCAUAGGGAAAAAACUACAAGAUGGGUUCAAACUAAAAGUGAAAAUUGACAGAAUCCGAGGGGGAGGGUGACGAAAUUACGGAAACUAAAAUAUAACAUCCACUUAUUAAGCACUGAUGUCUCUUAUCAUGCAUGGCCAGGUUUUUACGACGGUAGAAGUCUUGUGUAUUACAUAAGCGGUCGUCACCCAAAAAACAAUAUUGGCGGCAAAAAAGUGGGAUUUGUUCCAAGGAGUGUCGCGCGCUAAAUGUGCACGCGCGCCGUGAAACCUUAUUGGUCGAAGAAAAGUUCCAGAGUGCAAGAGCGCCCAUGUUCACGCGCGCCGCAUAACCUAAUUGGUCGAAGAAAACCGGAGUGCUCGUGAUUAUAUCUAGACUAGACGCGACGCGACGGGAGACUACAUAACGUCCGUCACGCAUGCACGGAGCAGUUAAUUUUGCUUUUGUUCGACUUUCAGUUUCAUUUAAGUUUCAAUUUUGACGCGACUCGAGUGAAACAACAAAUAAGGUAUGUACCUCAAAAUGUAUAUAAUCUAUGUCUAUCAUAUUAACAGUUAAGUUGCAAUGCGAAAACAUAUGAAUAUAGUUUUAAACAUUAGGCCUACAACUAACAAGAUUACACUGCAUGUAGGACUAGCAUUUCCAUUGCUAGUAUAAUAAGCCUAGGCCUAAUACUAGGCCCUACUAGACAACUUGCAAAAUUUGUAGAACCCUCUCGAGCCGGGAUCCAUCCCGGCACACUCAGGCUAUGUUUGAUGUUUAUCGACUAGCUGUCUCGAUAAAAAAAAAGCAGAGGAGGUGAUUUGGAAAUGUUUUUUAAAACUCAGAGAAUCUGUCAGAUAUUUUCGAACCAAAAUAGGCUAGGCCUAUCCGAUGAACAACAUAAACAUGAUACAAAUCCAAAGCUGUGUCAUCAGCCAAAUUUGUCUAUGGACAAUGCAAAGGUACGUGUACAUGUGAAAAUGCCCCCGGAACAUUUUUUGGACGUGUGGUGAAAAGAAAAUGCCAAGCGCAAUAAAUAGUUUAACUGCUGAGCCAUUAAAACUAUGGUACCACAAAUUGAACCAUUUUAUUUACGGAUCAAUCAAGCCAUGCUUGACUGCUCUAUGGUCGGCAUUUCUUUACUUAAAUGUUGUAAUGGAAACAUUUGAUUGAACUCAGCUCAUCCCUAUCUUUUUGUGCAUAUCUAAUCCGCUUGCUUUUGUUCUCGUUUCAAAAUUCUGGCAGGCUCUUUGGAAGAAUCGUCUUCAAUAUAAGUUUGCGAACUCGAGGAAACGAGAAGACAAAGAUGUGGAGCAGGUGUUACUAAGGAAGAGGAAGCGCCCAGCUGCUACUAAUGAUACCGCCCAAACCAGCCAGAAACAAGGACCAUCGGUGUGGGGAAUGGAGAACUAUCUGCCUCAGCGCCCCUUAUCAGAGGACGAUGCCUCAAUACGCAUUCAUACAGAGUGGCUGAAGACGGAAACAACUAAGAAGAAGCCAAACUAUGAGCAAAUCAAUGUGGCAAUGGAUGCUACAUUUGCAGACCGGCGGGCUCUGGUGACGAAAGGUACAGCUUCCCUGGCUGAGGUGAAGGUGGCCUAUCCGUGGCUGUUCGAGGAAAAAGAGAUACUAUCAGAGUUCAAGCGAGUCCACGGGAGCAAAGAAGGCAUCGCAGAGCUGAUUGAAGAUGGCCUCCGAAAGUAUAGCAAGGCUGUACUUCAGCUGUGCAAGACUCAUCGUAAUUUGGAAGACAUCUGUAAGCAAGCCCAGGAUAUGAUUCCACUUCAACGAGAUGAGGAUUCUCGUGAAGGUGCUACCCAUGUCGCAGCAGUGCUUACAGUGCCAAGUCUGCUCAAGGAGAAGGUUGGAUGCCUCGUCCUCCUUGGACAAGAGCCUGAAGAUGGUCAUCCGCACAUAACAGGGGACGAGAGUAGUCUGGAGCAGUGCCAACACUUCUCCAUUGUCGUGGAUGGCAUUGAGGUGGCGCACACGGAUACAUUUAUGUCUGCGUUUUCCUGUUAUGUUGCUUGUUUCUAUGUUUUUAACCUGGCCUAUCCUGGAGUGUUGAGAAAAACGUUGAAUUUCUUCCAAAGGGUCAUCCUCAACAUCCAGGAUAGUGCCAAGGUUGAUCGUCCAGUUAUAACCCUUCUUGACAAGCUGAAUCAGCUUCUCAAGAAACACUGA